CAGAGCCGCUUACUGUCCCCCGUUGCAUAUGCGUAACGUUGACGUUGAUGCUUAUGAUGCUCUGACUACCGACGAUCACUGGAAUACGAAUGUUCCUGUCGAUGGGGCUAUUCAGGAAGGAAUGACAUUUCACAACAAAGAAGAUUGUUUGCAUGCAAUCAAGUCUUUCCACAUUCGACAAUCGCUGGAUUACGAUGUUAUACACUCAGAUCCAACAAGAUAUGUCAUUCAAUGUACACUCGAGACUUGUCAAUUUAAGUUGAGAGCUUCCUUUAGAAAAAAGACUGGCAAAUGGAAGAUUGGGACCAUGAUGGGUCCACACAAUUGCACAUCGACUUUAAUGUCGCAGGAUCAUCGCAAGCUCAACUACAAGCUUAUAAGCCAAAGCAUCAAGACACUUGUGCAUGCGGAUGCCUCGGUAACGCCAAAAUUGAUCAUUGCGCACAUUAAAGAAAAGUUUAACUACACAACCACGUAUCGAAAGGCGUGGUUAGCAAAGAACGCUGCCAUCGAAUCUAUUUACGGGAAAUGGGAGGAAUCAUAUAAUGAUCUUCCGCAAUGGUUGAAUGUGAUGAAGGAGACGAUGCCAGGGACCGUCUUCGAUUUAAAAACGCAGAUUGGCGAGAAUGGAGAGACACAAUUUCAUCGUCUAUUUUGGGCCUUCUAUCCAUGCAUCAAUGGGUUUAAGUAUUGCAAACCAGUUGUCCAUGUCGACGGGACGUGGUUGUAUGGCAAGUACAAAGGAACAUUGUUGCUUGCGGUAGCACAAGAUGGAAACAACAAAACGAUUCCAAUCGCCUUUGCGCUUGUCGAAGGUGAGACAAAGGAGGGCUGGAGUUUUUUUUUUGAAAAAUCUAAGAAGGCACGUCACAAAGGGAAUAUCUGUCUGCAUGGUCUCCGACAGACAUGAAUCAAUUAAAAGCGCAUUCAAUGACCCAAGGAAUGGUUGGCAAGCAACUGGUUCAGCUCAUGUGUACUGCAUUCGACACAUUAAGCAGAAUUUCAUGAGGACAAUCAAGGAUGGAGAUCUUAAGGAUGUUGUCAAUAAUAUGGGAUAUGCCCUAAACGUACCCUUGUUCAAUUACUAUCGUGGUGUAAUCCAGGAGGCAAAUCAGCGUGCAUUAGAUUGGGUGGACAAUAUUCCGAAAGAAAAGUGGACUCAAGCAUAUGAUGAGGGUCGACGAUGGGGCCAAAUGACAAGCAACAUCGUUGAGUCGUGGAACUCUGUGUUUAAGGGAACACGCAACCUACCUGUUACACCUAUAGUUCAAUCAACCUACUAUAGGCUGGCAUGUCUCUUUGCUGAUAGGGCUCAAAAAGAGUUUGCAAGGGUAGGUUCCGGAGAUUUGUUCAGUGAAUAUUGCCAAAAUGCGAUUCAGGAUGACAUUGUUAAGUCCAACACCCAUCAUGUCGAACAGUUUGACCGAGAAAGGUAUACCUUCUCAGUCCGUGAGACCGUCAACUACAGGGAAGGAAGGCCAAUGGGAACUUUCAAGGUGGACCUACGAGCGGGGUGGUGUGAUUGUGGGAAAUUUCAAGCUUUACAUUUGCCAUGUUCUCAUGUCAUAGCCGCGUGUUCUUCAUUUCGCCAUGACUACACAACCCUUAUUCCACCUGUGUUCAAAAACGAGAGUGUUUACUCCAUCUACAACACAGCCUUCAAAGUAGUCCACGACAAGAGUUAUUGGCUUCCAUACGACGGUCCCGUGCUUUGCCAUAAUCCAAACAUGCGAAGACUAAAGAAAGGUCGACCCAAUAGUACCCGCAUAAGGACUGAAAUGGACGAGGAGGUGGUGGAGAGGACUCCAACGCCGAGACGGUGUGGGUUGUGUCGGCAUACCGGUCAUAUUAGGAGAAAUUGUCCGAGUUUAAAUAAUCGGUAG